CUAAGUUUUAUCUUCUCAGUAAGAUUUGUUAUUUUUGGUUUGAAGCUUGAAGAAGAUGCUGUCGCCAUGUCUUCACCUCUGCAAGACCCCUUUCAUCUCUAAUCAUCGACUUGGGUUUCAUCACACCUUCAAAUCCACCCUUUCUAUACGAGAUGUUUCAAUUGGCUCUGAUUUUCAGAAACUAAAUUCUAAAAUUUUCACAACCCAAUGCCAGAACAAACCCCUCCACCGCCAAAAUGUAAGUCGCAAAGAGGGAGUGGAAGUGAAGGGAAAAAAGGAAAAUGUGUGGAGCAUUGACAAUGAUAAGGCCAAAGCUGCUGCGGAGAAAGAAAAGGGGAGAGCCAAGCAGAGGAGGAGAGGCAGGAGAGUGGUCAGAGAGAAGCAGAACAGAAAUGGUAAAAUCAUGGUCUCUGGUGCUAUGCUAAUGGAGAUUGAUACUGUUCUCCAAACUCAGGAACCUGUAAUAAGACCAGCAUGGAAUACAUUUGCAAGUAGUGUGAGUGGGAUAUGGAAGGGGGUGGGAGCAGUAUUUUCCCCCAUCACUGCCGAAAUGGAACCCAUUGAAAUCGGAAGCAGGAAUGAGCAUUUAUAUGAUUGCUACACUCUUUCUCACAUUGAAACAGUGCCAUCCCCAUCUGGAGAACAGACAUCGCAAAUCCAAAGGAAGAUAAAAUGGGUGACUUUAAAUCCUUAUGGUGAAGUGCUACAGCAAGUUGGGAGUAAUAGACUCAAGGAUAAUGAAGAUGGGAAUGCUUCUUUGCCCCGAAAUCACACAGGCAAUGUUGGUACAAGUCAUAUUUUGCCUGAUUUUGAGUCUUUUGACUUUGAACUAAGUGAUUUAAUGGAAGAAGAUGUCAUGGGCAAUGAACCGGGUCUUGUUUUCUUUGAGGAUGGAUCAUAUUCCAGGGGUCCAGUCAAUAUUCCGGUUGGUGUUGAUGAUGAUUCCAAAUAUUAUCUCACUCCAACUUUUAAAUUUGAGCAAUGUUUGGUCAAAGGUUGCCACAAAAGACUCCGUAUUGUUCAUACCAUAGAAUUCAAUAAUGGGGGAUCAGACAUACAGAUAAUGAGAGUUGCCAUUUACGAAGAACAGUGGGUCAGUCCAGCAAAUAUCCGUGAUUACAGUGAUAUGGAAUUGGAUGUAAAGCCAUUUUCUCAGAGGAAACGAACUCAGCCUUCAGAGCUGACUGGGUCAUGGAAAGUUUUUGAGGUGAAUGCUACUCCAGUAUUUGGAGACGAGCUGGUAACUGAGGACAGCAAUAGUACACCAUACGUCUACCUUUGUGCAGAAACCUUGAAAAAGAGAAGCUUGCCUGAAAAUCCAAUCUACUUUGGGGAGGAGGAGAUAGUAGAUAUGCAGGAUGUGACUGUUCUUUGGCUGCCAGGUGGUGUCACAGGAUAUGUUGAUGUUAGCAAAGAUGGCAUCCUCUGCAUUGGUGUUGGAUGGUACUCCGAUGAGGGAAUCAACCUAGUUAUGGAAAGGGAUUAUGGAUUGGAUGGGAUGCUCAAGGAAGUUCGGUGGAAAUCUGAGGUAAAGAGAAGGUGGUCUGAUCCAGACGGUGUGUAAAAUUUCACUUUUUAUGUUGUUGGUCUGUAAAUAUGAAAGGUUUUCUUUUUGAAUGCUCUUUGGGCUGACAAAGCAUCAGAUAUACGACAUUCAAGAUCCAAUCCACACAUGAUUGAGAGAUCCUA